ACCACUCGAGCAGGCUGCGCAGCAUCUCGGGCGCUGCUCGAAUGUAUAUUUGUUACAUUGUAACAUAAAUUACUUCUAUUAUGACAUCAACAAUAAGAAUCUAGCAAAGUCGUGUUUAAAGCUGUGAUAAAACUGUACUCUCCGAGGGGCAUUCACAGAAGAGAGGGAUACAGAAACGUCUGCUGUUGUCAGGGAUACAGAGCACUUCGGGUUGUUCACCAAACACGUUCUGGAAGACGUACUUGUGUUCAGAAGAAAGCCAAAAAUGGAUUUCUCGUUCAUGACAGCACAACUACCUGUUAUCGGAGGAGCCUUCAUGGAUUCACCAAAUGAUGACUACACUGGGGAAUAUUCCUUCUUCAGCUCAUCACCAAAUAUUCAUGCGGCAGAUUCAGUCCACAACCAGCAAGAAAGUACAACCCGUUCAUCCAGAGAUGCCAUAUGGCUAUGGAUAGCAAUCAUAGCAACAAUUGGAAAUAUUGUGGUCAUAGGAGUUGUGUAUGUGUGUACAUUUUAGAAACAGAUGGUAUGUUGUAUUACAUUUAUUAAAAUGUGGCUGGUUUAUGCCUCUGUACUACCUAAUACAUAAAACCCUCUAAUACUGCCAAAUAUUUGUAUCUGUUAUAAUAAGACAGUACACAGUUUGAUACUUAGGGUAUACCAGAUUAUAUUAUUUAAUGUUGUUUGUGAAGAAAAAAAGCAGAUAUUAUUUCUUAUCAGCAUAUUUGUCAAUAUUCACUAAAUGCACUUCAUCACAUAAAAUAAAAGUCCUAAUCUGUAAGUUAAAAAAAAUUAUACACAGUAAAUAAUCAUCAUUUAACUCAUAACCGUUUAUCAUGUACAGAUCUGCAACAACAAAAGGAAAAAUAUGGCAUAGCCAGUCUAAUUGCUCACUUUCAGAUAAGCAGAGCUUUUCUCUUACAGAAACUUACAGCUUCUGUUACAUAAUGUUUAGUUAUUUUUUUUAGUAUACUAUAAACCACUACCAAAAGAAAUCAAUUUGGGAAAAUAAGAACGUGAAAGUACUGUUCUAUUUACCCAUAUAACUGAAGUUCAGUGCAGAGAAAUGCGCUGAUGUUACUGCAGAAAUACAAAUUUCCCAGUAAUUCUUUGCAUGACUAUUUGAGUUGUGUUAGCAGCACCGAUAAUCUGGUUACUUACAUUAUGCUUCUAUCGGAUUUAGCUUAUCUGAUAUGACAUCAGUAUUUGUGUGGUUAAGAUAAAAAGAUUUUAUUUUUCCUCCAGUUGCAAUGCAAAUGUGUUAAUCACUGAUAAAAUGCUCCAACAUUUAUACUGUUAACUGACAAUUUGUGCAUAUAAACAUUUAAGACAAGUUUUAUUCAGAAGAUACAAUGAAACAGAUCCAAAUGUUAAAAAUAACAGAAUAAUAUUUAGGAAGAAAGCAAUUUGUUAAACUGUAUGAGUAACUUGUAACAUGGUGUGUCAUCAUAAAUGGUUUCAUAUGCACACACUGAAGGGCUGUUAUUUGUAGGAGUGUUACCUGAGUGCCUUGAAACGUGAGAUAAUAUGUGGAUACAUUCCAAAAACACAGUACGUUUGUAGUGUCUAAUGUUUCAUACAUUAAAAUAAUAUCAGUUCAAAAAUAAUAAAAAAGUAUAUAGAAGCAUAAAUGGAAAGGAGAGAGGCUGUGACACAGAGAGAAUGCUGCAUAUUUUAUUAUGUUGACCACCAAAUCCUGAGCUGAUCCUAGAAAUCCAAAUUCAUAUAAUUCUAUCCAGAUCGUUAUAACUGUGAAAUAUAAAUAUGUGCUGAAUGUUCUUAUUAGCAGCCCCAGGCCUAGCAAUUUUUUUUUAGAAAUUGAAGUAGAUCAUUCCUGAAGAUGAAUAUGACCUAAAUACAGUCACAAUAGAAGCAUAAAUAUGAGAAAGAAAUUAAGGUAAUUGGACAUUUAUUUUGAAAUAUGUAUUUGUUAGUGUGAAGAAAAUUGGAUUUUUAUUAUACUGUGCUCAUAUUAUGCCGAAACAUAAUCUAAUGUUUAUAAUGGGUCACACGUCACGUCGACUUGUGUCAAAGGAAGCACAAAAAUAAUACAGGCUUUGCAAUGCAGUUUUUUACAUUAAUGAAUUGUGAUUGAAAUGUAUCUAGCUGACCACAGUUUGUGUCUUCUGCCCUCUACAUUUGCACUGUGUUAAUAACUACAGGUCUCUUUUCCAUCUCAGUUUCUCAGAGGCACCUCUGAAUGCAGGCAGCUGUGCUUAAAGGCCCUGGUUUGCUUGCAAAAAUGAAAUUCAGCAUUUUAACGCUUAUACAACAUACAGUCUUUAAGGUUGAAAUGCAAAUUAUGUGAAAUAUGAUAUAAUGGUUCAUUUAGAACAGCAGAAUAUGUCAGUCUUUUCUUUUUAUUAACUUUUAGGCUUUUCUCUGUUUUAUAACAUGUUUAAUAUUUU